UUAUCCCUCAUACUAUAUCUAUAUCUCUUUCACCACCACCUCCCAUCAUCAUUACAUUUACAUUACAUUACCCUCUCAAUUUAUUAGUAAUCUCUUCCUCUUCACGCCUUCUUAUAUACCUCCCUCCCACCAAAAAAUAUUAGCGCAAACGAUCCAGCGAACGAAAAUGGGUCUAGAAAUGGCGGAAGAGUUUCGAUCAAUCACGCCAAUCAAAAGAAACAACGUUCCUACCUCAACAAUUACUACUGCUACUACUCGCUUUAAUCUACACACAGAAGAAGAAGAAGAAGAAGUAUCAGAUCUAGAGAGAAGAACAAUGGAAGAUGAAGAUUACAACUACCGGACACCACCGUCAUCACCAUCCACAAACUCCGUCAAUCCGGUUUGUCCGCCGCCUCCAAGGAAACGUCGACGGCGCUCUUCUCAAUCUGUAGAGAGGAAAUUCUUUCAAGGUGUACCGGACGAUUUAGCUUCUAUUUUUCUUCUUCGCGCCACACCUGCAACAGUUUCGCACCAGUUCAAGCAACUUGCUACCUAAUUUAUCAGCAUUCUUCAAUUUCAUCUUCACACAGCAAAUCAAUGAAACGGUAUAUAUAGGAGUAUAUCUAUAUCUAUAUCUAUAUAGUAAGUCGUUUAAUUUUUAUUUUUAAUUAAUCAACACUUUCUCAUCUUCAUAUAUGUUAUUUCUUCUACUGUAUUUCUAGCAUUGUUACAGUGUAAUUUUGUAUAUUUUAAGUGUAACUGUGUUGCUAAAUAUAAAUUAUAUUAAAAAUAAAACUUUAUUGGAUAA